AUGGAUGACACCGACAUGAAUCUCCCCAUAAUCGACUUGGACGUCUUCCUAUCGCAACCUGCCUCUUCCCCCGCCGUCCAGGCCGAGUGCUCCCGCGCCGCCGAAGCCCUCAUCACCUACGGCGCGCUGAUCCUUCACGACUCCCGCGUCGCCCCAGAGGCCAACGAUGUUUUUCUCGACCUACUAGAGGACUACUUCGCCCAGCCUGAAUACCUCCUCCGUCACGAUGAGCGCCCGGAGCUGAGUUAUCAGGUCGGUGUGACGCUCGACAACACCGAGAAGCCCAAGUGCGCCGUCGACGAACCCUGCCUUGACAUUAUCCGUCGUCUUGCCCCAGACCAACGACCGCUGGAUAUCACAGGACACCAGCCUGACCCGAAAUGUCGCUUCUUCUGGCGCAUGGCUGACCCGCCACCAUAUGAGACGCAAUUCCCGGGUCUCAACGCGCCUAAUGUCACGCCUCAAGCUGAUCAUAUUCGCGACCGCUGGGCUCCGACAAUGGAUCUGUGGGGGACUUGCAUGAAAAAUGCCGUAUCGAAGCUGGCCGAGAUGACGGCUCUGGGUCUCGGUCUCCCCCAAGACGCCUUUUCCUCGGCCGGCGCAUACGGACCUCACCUCCUUGCUCCCACCGCCUCCGACUUAUCAAAGUAUGGUGCCAGGGACACCAUCCUCGCCGGCUUCCACACAGACCUCAACUUCCUCACCAUCCACGGCCGCUCCCGCUACCCCGGUCUCAACGUCUGGGCUCGCAACACAGGCUCCCGCAUCCCCGUCAAGAUCCCCCCGGGGAACCACCUACUCGUCCAGGCCGGUAAGCAGAUUGAGUACAUGACCGGAGGGCUCAUCAAGGCAGGAUACCACGAGGUGGUUGUCAACGAUGCUACGCUGGCGGUUGUCGAGCGCAGACGCCGAGAAUGUCCCCAAAGACCGCUUGUGCGUAUAUCAAGCACUCUUUUCUGGCAUCUUAACUCGGAUCAUGACCUGGCGCCUGUGCCGGAACUUGCUGAGAGAGCUGCCCGUGUGCGUAAGGAGCAGGCUCGUCUUGGUCGCGACGAGGGUGAGGUAGUCGAAUAUUCUCCUACCAAGGUGGGGUACCAAGUCCAAGAUGAACUUAAACACAUUGCCCUCAUGACCUGA